AUGCAUGCCAUGGCACCAGCGUUAAUCCCGCCCUUCCGGUUUAGUACGAUACAGCAAGGAUUAUAUCGUGGAUCAUAUCCAACACUCAAGAACUUUCGUUUCUUACGUCGCUUGGAUUUAAAUACAGUAGUGUCAGUGAUUCCAGAGGUACCGACAAGUGACUUGGUCGAGUUUUGUACGAAUGAGAAAAUCACGUUACGGCAUUUUUAUGCCGAGAAGUUUACAUCUGACAAUGUGACAGUACCAUCUACUACAGUGGCACAGAUCUUGGAUAUUGUAGUACAAAAGAAGAAUCUACCACUGUAUAUUCAUUGUCUCGAUGGAGCCAAUGUCACGGGUAUUAUUGUGAUGAUCCUUCGCAAGCUCCAGAAUUGGACGAAACUGGCCAUUGUGUCGGAGUUUUGCAGAUUUACACGGGAUCAUGGUAUUGAGAAGGACGAGUCCGAGUAUUUGGCUGUCUUUUCAGAGGAGGUUGUGGUCACAGCAGAUGUCCCGGAAUGGCUGUGGAAUGGCGUACGAGUGGCGAAACACCCGACGAUGAUCGUAUAUCAACCUGAUCUUGAUCGUGCAAGUGCCAACAUGCUGGAUGCGACAAGAAAUUCAAACAACAGUACGCCAAAUCUCAAAUGGGAGACAGAAGUCAAAAAGACCGAGGCGAUUUUGCGUCAAUUCGAGAAGGCUAAUCGCAAUCGCAUUGGGGAAGUAACUGAAGGUAGCAAAGAGGUGGAGACGAUUAUUGAGGAGGCAUUGCACGAUCUUCCACUCACUCGAUCACUCGAAGCCUUGGACCUAGCAGGCGUUCACGCUCAUUUGUCAAUUGGCAUGUCUUGUGCCAAGUCCAAUGAAGUUGCAUGCAACACUGUAAAACCGUCUCCUGACGUCCAUUCAAUAGAUAAAGAGAUUGUAACAACAUCAUCUAUGUUUGUUUUUACUGCGGAUAAGGCUGGUAUGAAUGGUGUGGACAAGCAACACGUACAGAAAGUAGUGCACAGGAUGUCCAAAGCUUCAUCAUUUUAUCAGAAAUCUCUACACGACAAUGAAAGAGUAGAGGAGCGAGUUAUUAGUAUGCGUAAGAAGAUUGCGUGCUUAUCUGGUGGACAACUACAGCGUUUACAACAGGAGACCGAUGUUUGUAUAGCACAAAUGGAGGUAAUGCGAGACCUUUCGCGCAUUAUUGUGGUCGUGGAUAUGGACAUGUUCUACGCUGCUGUAGAGAUGCGGGACAACCCGAAGCUACGGGAUGUACCACUUGCCGUCGGUGGACUCAAUAUGAUUAGCACAACUAAUUAUGCUGCAAGGCAGUACGGCGUGCGUGCUGCAAUGCCAGGAUUUAUCGGCAAAGAGCUUUGUCCAGAACUCCAUUUUGUACCAGUCGACAUGAAAAAAUACAAAGGGGUGGCUGCUCAGAUACGCGCAGUGUUUGCAGAGUAUGAUCCGGACUUUGAAGCUUUGAGUCUUGAUGAAGCUUGUCUUGACCUUACGGACUUUGUGUCCAAGAACUGGCAAAAGUAUGUGUCAGCCGUAGAAGAAAACAAUACCGGGAGUGACGUGACUGACGAGCAACAAUGGGCAUCGACAGCUUGUGGUCGUGCAGCAAUUGCAGCAGUAAUAGUCCGUGAAUUACGUAAGAAAAUCUUUGACUGUACGCAGCUUACAGCCAGCGCUGGUAUUGCAGUGAACGUCAUGCUUGCCAAGAUCUGCUCGGAUAUGAACAAACCCAAUGGGCAAUACGUCUUGCCGUUCACACGAGAAUGUGUGAUCGCUUUCAUUCAAGAGCUACCCGUGCGCAAGAUCGGUGGUAUUGGGAAAGUUACCGAAAAACUACUGAACGAGGCGCUUGAUGUGCAUACUGGUGCUGAGUUGUUUGCUCAGCGAGGUAAAAUUGCCCACUUGUUUUCGAAGAAGACGGCUGAGUGGUUGUUGCAGACCUCGCUUGGCAUUCGAGAACGACGCAGGAAACAAGAACGAAAAAGUUUUAGCCGCGAACGCACGUUUCCGGGGUUGAGUGAUCCCAAGCAACUCGAAGCAAAGUGCAAAGAGAUCUGCAAGAUGCUUGCCAACGACCUCGAGGAGGCAGACAAGGCCGCCAAGAACGUGACGCUCAUCUACAAGGACACGGACUUUGCCCGCUUUUCUCGAUCAAUGACACUUGUAUCUGCGGUUUUUACUGCCGACGAUUUGCUUGCAAACGCUGUCGAGCUUCUACGCCGUGAAUUGCCACUCACACUGCGUCUUAUGGGCGUUCGUGCAGCGACAUUGGUUUCACGAUCAAAAGGCUCAAGCACAAAUAACUCUCCUCAGACUGGUAUGAGCAACAAGAAGCGGCAAAUUGCUAUUAAUAAGUUUGCCGAACAAGUUGAUGAUCCUGCUUUUGCGCUUGCAUCAUGUGACAGUGGAAGAACUGAUCAAAAUAUGGUCGACAAGGCAGAGGAUGGAAAACGCUUUUCGACUGUCAUAACCGUACCUUAUUCAUACAAGAUGGACUAUUUCUCCCGUCGACAAUGUGGAAAGACUCUUUCUGCAACCGCUGAAAACGUUGAACCAGACGGUUGUGUCUUUAAGGAUGCUGCUGGACGUUCAAGGCGUAAGAAGCUGAAAAGUGUCAAUGUUUUGCGUGCCUUCGCUGUCAGACCGCACUCAAUGAUGAGUCUACCGGAGGUGGAUAACAAGCCGUGCCCAAUUUGUGGGAAGCUGUUGAAUACUAAGAACAACAUGGAGGUGAAUGCUCACAUAGAUGCUUGCGUCACAAGCAAGAAACCUUCUCCAUUGUCGUUGCCGUUGCGACAUACAACACACAAAACGCUAAAGAUAAACGCCAUUCCAAGCGCGUUUGCUCGUGUUCAAGUUGACUCAGAAGAAGCUGGUGAAGAUGCUAAGCCGUGUCCUAUUUGCGGGAAAUUGCUGAAUACUCGGAGCAGCAUGGAGGUGAAUGCGCAUAUAGACGCAUGCGUCAUCCGAGAUGAAUCAUCCCCGAAGAGGUUGAUAGGUAGGACAAGAAGAAUGCACGAGGCGUCUAAAAUGAAGCUCGAGAACAACGUUGAUGUGUUCUUUCGUAAGAACUACAAUGACUGA